AUGAUUCUGCCUAUUAACCCCGCCUCCGCGGCUGCUCCCGAGUCGCACGACGGCAGCGGAGUUGAGAAGUUGCUGCAGCCAUCGAAGAGUUCUUGCGGUGUCCGCGAGCGGCUAAAGCGGCACCGCGAGGAGGUGGCGGGGAAAGUCACCGUGCCGGAGAAAUGGGGCAAGGAGGAGCUGCUUAAGGACUGGAUCGACUACUCCGCGUUCGACAGAAUCUUGGCCGCCAAGAGAAUUGCGACGGCGAGGGCGUCGCUUGCGGCGGAGGGACGGCGGGCAGCCAAUUCCCGGCCGGCGUUGAGGGUAGAGAGUAGGUGUUAG